UCUACAAUUGGAGCGCAUUGAAGCAUUUUAUGCCCAUGUCUGCCCUUUAUUUUAAGAGUGAUUAAUCCCACAAAAGUAGCAACCUUUGCCGCUUCACUUGAAUGAAUAUUAUUAUGGUUAUUUCACUCGCUGUUCGUACAUAGAUGCUCUUGACGACGGGUUAUUUUCAUCACUUUAUGUAUGCUCUCCAUGCUUUUCAGCUGCAGUAGCUUAUUCUUGUUCCCUUUUUGCUUAGAUGUCAGCCUACAAUUUAAUCGCACUCACCCUCGCCGUUUAUGCAAGCAGCUGUUACGUAACUUUCAGUCUUGCGGCUACUCCGAAGCCACAUGUCAUUUUUAUUUUAUCAGAUGACCAAGGGUACCGAGACGUAGGGUACCAUGGAUCAAUUUUUGCCACCCCUGUGAUUGACAGGUUAGCAGGGGAGGGGGUUAAGCUGGAGAACUAUUACGUCCAGCCCAUUUGUACGCCGACAAGAAGUCAACUAAUGACCGGAAGAUACCAGAUUCGAACAGGGCUUCAGCAUGGAAUUAUCGAAGACGACCAUACACGCUGUCUCCCUCUUGAUGAGGUUACAAUAGCUGAAAAGAUGAAAGAAGCAAAUUAUACAACCCACAUGGUGGGAAAAUGGCACCUUGGCUUCUACGAAGACGGUUGUAUACCAACUAACAGAGGGUUCGAUACAUUCUUAGGCUAUUUGACCGGCAGUGAAGAUUACUACCAUCAUGACAAAAGCACUGGCUAUGACUUCAGACGGAAUGACGCUGUUGAAUAUAACUAUAAAGGAAUCUACUCAACAUUUGUGUAUGCUAAAGAAGCCAUCGACAUCAUAUCAAAGCAUGAUCCUGACAAGCCAAUGUUCCUCUACAUUUCGCUCCAAGCGGUUCACACACCUCUGCAGGUUCCUUCUGACUACACACUUCCUUACGUAGAUACGAUCAAGAAUAAAAAUCGACGGGUGUAUGCUGGUAUGGUAACGUGUAUGGAUGAGGCUAUAGGUAACAUUACUGGCGCAAUUAAAGCUAAUGGAGAUAUGUAUGACAACACUGUCAUCAUUUUUUCAAGCGAUAAUGGUGGCGCUAGACAAAAUGAAGGCAACAACUGGCCGCUGCGUGGUUUCAAGAGCACGUACUUUGAAGGCGGUAUACGUACUAUUGGAUUUGUUCACAGUCCACUGCUUAAUGACCAUGUCAAAGGAACAGUUAGCCAUGAACUUAUUCACGUCAGUGAUUGGCUCCCUACGCUUGUGGAAGGUAUAGCCGGUUGGACUACAAAAGGAACCAAGCCUCUCGACGGUGUUAACCAAUGGGAUACAAUAAGAACUGGAAUUGCGUCGGCGCGAACAGAAAUUCUUCAUAAUAUCGAUCCGUUACAGAAACUGACAGAUGUCCAAAGGUCUAAUUGGAGAGGACAUCCGUUUGACGUAAGAAUACAAGCCGCUAUUAGGUUUGGACACAUGAAGCUUAUUACAGGAAACAAAGGAACAAAUGGUUGGAUAGCUCCUCCAGAUACUGGCCUCACAUCACGUAAUCACGUUAAGUACUCAGGCCAAAUCGUUUGGCUCUUUAACAUCACGGCUGAUCCCGAAGAAAGGAAUGAUCUUACAAAUACCGAACCUGAUGUUGUUAUUGAUUUACUGGAUAAGCUUGCGUCUUAUGAAAAAGAAGCGCUACCAGUGGAUUAUCCACCUGGAGAUGCUGUUAAUUCUAACCCGAAAACAAAUGGGAACGGAGAUGUCUGGGGUCCAUGGAAAUGGCGGAUUCAAAAAGAGGCCCAGCAAAAAGAAACGAAAACAAAGCAAAAGAAAACAAAACAAAAACAAGAUAAAUUAAAUAAAAUCCGAACACUAAAUCAUAUAAAAGAGCAAGAAGAUUUGACAUUUUAUAGGGCUUAUGAUUCAGGCCUCCUGAAAUCAAAUAACCCUAUUGUAACUUAUUUAAAAUCUGAAAUCAUACCUCCAUAUUACAUUAUAAUUUUCUUUUUCUUGCUUGCCCUUAUAUAUACAAAACUGAACCUUAAAUGUAUAAGUAGAAUAUUCUGAUAAACACAUUCCUACGGCUGUUUAGUAUUGCUCGCAAUCAAACUGCGACAUCUUCCUCUUAGAAUUGUAUUCGCAGUUGAAGGUUGAUAUACGCCCUCACAAAUUGAGGCUGUGGUAAGGCCAGAGAGAACUCUAGGCGUUGAAGAGUGUCUGGAUGGAUAGAAUCUUUGACUAUACUAAUAGGUCUUUGUGGUUUAGAUGUAUGACGGUCGCCUUGUCAGCGAAUCCCACUAGAUUUAUAUAACUGUUAAGAAACGUGUUAUACACACACAUGCGAUAAUACGAGAAGCUUUAUUGCAAUUUCUUAUCAUAACAAAACUGAAGUUUAACAAUAG